AUGGCAAACUCUACUUCAUUUUUGGGUUGUAGUCGAUUUUAUGCAACAUUUGAAGAAAAUUUAAAACUUAUGGGUCAACUUGUCUAUCUGAUUCCAUCGUUUAUAUUAAUUUCAAAAAUGAUUUACGUGAUACAAGUGAAACAUCGAGGUGAUUAUCAUGAACAGAGGCGGUUUUGGUUAUUAUAUACUAUGGAUUUAGCUUUGAGCCUUCUCAAUCUAUUUUUCGACAUUUUCUACUAUCGUUUGACACUUUUCGUUCCCCAAAUCUGUGAAUCUUUUUCAUUUUUCCUCCGGGCAAACCCAUUGCUUAUCGACAUAACAUAUCCUCUUUGGUUCUAUUUUCAUGUGGGUAAAAUGGUUGCUCAAAUGAGCAUCAGUUUUGAGAGAAUGACUUUCAACCUAUUAAAACCAAAUGACUAUCGAAGAAUAUGGAAACAUGGAUUAACAGCUUGUGUGAUAAUGAUAAUAUUUGUUCCGUUUAGUAUAAUUUGGAAUAUUCUGAUAUCAGACAAAUAUAUACAGUUUUAUUUUGGAGGAUUUCAACCGAAUUAUUCAAGAAGAGUGAAUUGGUUUGGCACUACCGCAUGGCAACUAACCUAUAUGCAAAUAUCAAUGGCAGUCACACUUCUGUCAAACAUUGUCACAGGAGCAAUUCUCUGGAAAUCUCAAAACCAGAGUCGAAAAUCGAGACUCUUGUGCAGAAUUUGGUUUGCAAUUUCAACGGAAUACUUAUUAAGUGCCUGCGCAUUUUGUUACUUGCAUAUGAAAACAUUCGCUUUUGAUUAUUCCAAUCUUAUCUUCAUGUUGGUCAUUUUCGUUUGGGAUGGAUUCAAUAUUUUAAGUCCCGUGAUAAUGAUUUCAAUGAAUAAAAGUCUACGAAAGCAGGUGUUCGCAAUGAGUGGCGGAAGUGAAGAUCUUGAGAUUUCUGUUGCUUAA